AUGACGAGCCUCAAAAUCACCUCACAACUGGACCCUGCUCAGGGUGCCCAUCCUACCGUUGUCUCCUCAUUGUCGGUCCCAGCUCUACCAUCGGAUUCGUGCUCAGUAUACUUGUACUACACGUUCCCGCCGCUGCUGUUCGUCGACGCGCACGAACUUGCUCUCCGAAGUCAGCAGUAUACGCUAGUUGGGCUGAGGGGCAGGGGAAGCAGGGAACUGGAAAAACCUGUCCAUGCUCUGCCCCUGGACGAAGGAGAUGUAGAGGUUCUGGUCAGGUUAGAGGAUCCAACAGCGCCGGAGGUCCAUCUGCCAAUUCAUGUGCGCUACGCCGCGCCUGCUAAGACUCAAGAUGGCUACCUGACGCAGGAAUUCGAGGCGCCGAGAGCACUUGUGUGGUGCCAGGGCGACAUUUCCGGCAAGUCUCCAUCCAUUUUAUCCCUAAGUUAUGUCUGA